AUGUCUGCAAGCAAUGCCCCCCAACCACCUCCCGCCACCGGCCCCGAGCUGACCAUUCCCAAGGAGUACCAGCAGAACCUGUUCCAGGAGCUCCGAGCCGAAGAUGAGCUCGUCGUUCUCGCCCGCGGCCUCGGGCUGAUGCGCCUGAUCAACAACCUCCUCCACUCGUACGAUGCGGCCGGAAACAACUUGAUAGUGAUCGUCGGAGCCGAUGAUCGAGAAAAUGGUUGGAUUGGAGAGGCAUUGGCUGAACAUGCCGCCAUCAGCAUGUCCCCCAAGGCGCGCGGCUUGACUGUGGUCAACACCGAUCUUCAGAGCGUCGGCGCAAGAGAAAAGAUGUAUGCUGGCGGUGGUAUCUUCAGUAUCACGUCACGCAUUCUAGUAGUCGAUCUCUUGACGAGCUUGCUGAACCCCGAGUCCAUCACUGGCCUUGUCUUACUUCACGCCGAUCGCGUUGUCGCAACCUCCCUCGAAGCCUUCAUUCUCAGAGUCUACCGGCAGAAGAACAAGGUCGGCUUCCUCAAGGCCUUUUCCGACAAUCCCGAUCCUUUCACCACGGGCUUUUCGCCUCUGGCCACCAUGAUGAGGAAUCUUUUCCUUCGAAAAGCCUCGCUCUGGCCUAGGUUUCACGUCACGGUUGCGCAGUCUCUGGAGGGAAAGAAGAAGGCUGAGGUCAUCGAGCUUGAAGUCCCCAUGACGGAUUCAAUGAGGGAGAUCCAAAACGCCAUCAUGGAAUGCGUCGAAAACUUUGAUGUCAUGGUUCGACGACAAUUAGAUCCCAAUUGGCAUCGUGUCAGCUGGAAAACCAAGCAGAUUGUCAACGAUUUGACAGUGCUCAGAACCAUGCUCAACUCAAUCCUGACCUAUGACGCCGUCUCGUUUCUUCAGCAUCUGGAUACCAUCCACGCUGCGCACUCUCCUCCCCCGGGGUCAACUCGACAGACACAAUCACCUUGGUUGUUCCUUGACGCUGCACAAACCAUCUUUGACACGGCAAGACGACGUGUCUACUCAGCCACAGCAAAAGACGCCGCCCGAGAAUCCAAUAUUGAUUCCCUUCGGCCAGUCCUUGAAGAACUUCCCAAGUGGUCGCUCUUAGCCGAAGUCCUGGAAGAGAUCGAUCGCGAUCUGUAUUUCGAACCUCCCGUCAAGGACGAUUCCAACGGCAGCAUUCUCAUCAUGUGCUCCGACACAGACACCUGCAGGCAACUACGAGACUUUCUACAGACAAUGCAUGUCAAGCCCAAGACAGAAAAGAAGCCAGAUGAUGAUGAAGAGGACGCAGAUAAGCCCUCUGCCGCGUUCAUGAUGCGAAGGCGACUGCGAAACUAUCUUAGGUGGAAGAGGCAGUUUGCCCAAGUCAGCGCGACUCUAUUUGCUGAGAAUCAAAAGGCUCUAAAUGGUGCUACAGACUCUCGUCCAGGUAUGGGCGGUCACAGGGGCGGAAAAGCACCAGCGAACAAGAGAAGACGGAUGCGCGGCGGAGGCAAUGUCGGCCCCUCGAUGGGUCGGGCAGAGAAUGGUAGUAUCAUGCAGUACAUUGAAAAGCCAGGAGAAGUCGCUGAUCUCAUGGCCGAGGUCCAGCUAACAGAAGAGGAGGCACAGCAAAAGGAGGAAGUUAUUGCGGACCCUCUCGACAACAUGGAGGAUUACUUUCAGCUGUACGACAUGCAAGAUCUUAUUGUCGCCCACGCCUAUGACGGAGACCAGGAUGAACACGUCCUCGAGGAAGUCAAACCACGGUACAUCAUCAUGUACGAGCCAGAUGCAGCCUUUAUCCGACGAGUCGAGGUAUACCGGUCGUCACACAAUGACCGGAACGUCAGAGUUUACUUCAUGUACUACGGUGGUUCAGUCGAAGAACAGAAAUACCUUUCGUCAGUCCGCCGGGAAAAGGAUGCCUUUACCAAACUCAUCAAGGAGAGAGCGAGCAUGUCACUAGUCAUGACAGUUGAUCCCGCUGAAGAUCCUGAGGAGGCAUUCUUACGAACUGUCAAUACGAGAAUCGCUGGUGGUGGCAGGCUAGCAGCAACAGCGGAGCCACCGCGAGUGGUUGUGGAUGUGCGAGAGUUCCGCUCUUCGUUGCCGUCACUACUUCACGGACGAUCCAUGAUCAUUGUGCCAUGUAUGCUCACAGUUGGCGACUACAUCCUCUCUCCCAGCAUCUGUGUGGAGCGAAAGUCCAUUAGCGACUUGAUCUCGUCAUUCAAGGACGGUCGACUGUACACACAGGCCGAGACUAUGUUCCAGCAUUACAAGAGUCCAAUGCUCCUGAUCGAGUUUGACCAAAACAAGUCAUUUACUCUUGAGCCGUUCGCCGACCUCUCAGGCAGCCUGAACAGUGUUGCUCCAACCAACAUGUCUUCAGACCUUCAAUCCAAGCUAGUGCUACUCACACUAGCCUUCCCAAAGCUCCGCAUCAUCUGGUCUUCGUCUCCCUAUCAGACAGCCGAGAUCUUUGAGCUGCUCAAGACGCAGGAGGAAGAGCCAGAUCCAAUCGCGGCAGUCAGGGCCGGUCUGGAUAAGGAUGCACGCGCCGAGGAUCAGGCGUUCAACCAGGAACCACAGGAUAUGCUCGCCAUUGUGCCUGGUGUGACGCCCCAGAACAUCAAGAGCUUGGUGCUCGAGACAGAGAGCAUUCGUGAGGUGGCCAACAUGACGGAGAAGGAGUUGGAACCGUUGGUGGGCAAGACGGCUGGACGACAGAUUCAUGGCUUCUUUAACCGGAAUGUCAUGGAAGAGGAUGACUAG